UUUCGACAAAACCAGACAAGGCUUAUUUAUAGUCCCUUUAAAUUGUGUUCACCAAAGUUGAACCUCCAAAAAUGGCAUACCACCAAACUGCGUCAUCUCCAAAAUUUCCCUGCUUUCUUAUUCUUCUAGUCAUCACUGUAUUUUGUUGUUGUUUUGCAACCGCAAAAACCCAGAAGAGUUUAAAAAGAGGCUCUUCUUUUUCAGUUGAAGAUGAUUCUGGUUUCCUAACUUCCCCAGAUAAGUCUUUUACAUGUGGGUUCUAUGGGGUGGGCACAAAUGCCUACUGGUUCUCCAUUUGGUUCACAAAUUCGGAGAACAAGACCCUUGUUUGGAUGGCUAACAGAGACAGACCAGUCAAUGCUUUGGGGUCCAGAGUUUCACUGAGUCGAGAUGGCACCAUGAUCUUGACUGAUGUGGACGGCAAAAUUGUCUGGGAGAGCAGCACCAACUCAACUCCCACUGGUGCUGAAAGGGCGGAGCUUUUGAAUUCUGGCAACCUCGUUUUGAAAAACCCACUAGGUAAAAUUCUCUGGCAAAGCUUUGAUUUUCCCACUGAUACUCUCCUCCCAAAUCAACCCUUUACAAAGAACAUGAAGCUGACAUCUAGUUUGGGAAGAGGCAACUUUGGUACUGGAUAUUUUAGUUUCUAUUUUGAUAAUGACAAUGUUUUGAGGUUGAUUUAUGAUGGUCCUGACAUAUCAAGUGUGUAUUGGCCUGGGCCUGGUUUGAGUGUAUAUCAGAAUGGUAGAACAGACUACAAUAGUAGUAGAAUUGCUGUUUUUGAUGAAAUGGGCAAUUUUGUAUCCAGUGAUGACUUGAUAUUCAGUGCUUCUGACAUGGGUGCAAGGGUGAAACGGAGGUUGACAACGGAUUAUGAUGGAAACCUGAGACUUUAUAGUCUAAACUCGACAGGAUCAUGGGUGAUCACCUGGGAAGCUCUAGCACAGCAGUGCAGGGUGCAUGGGAUCUGUGGGAGAAAUGGGAUUUGUGUUUAUACACCAGAGCUUAAGUGCUCAUGCCUUCCUGGCUAUGAGGCAGUGGAUGCAAGUAACUGGAACAAGGGUUGCAAGCCUAAGUUCAAGCCCACAUGCUCUCAGUCCCAGAGAGUGAAAUUCAAGCAGAUUCAGUACGUAGAUUUCUAUGGAUUUGAUCUCAAUUACAGUGAAUCCACUUCCAUUCAGAAUUGCACAAAACUCUGUGUCGAGGAUUGCCGUUGUGAAGCAUUUGUCUAUAGGGGACAGAAGUGUUACACAAAAGGUGCUCUCUUCAGUGGGCUCAGGUCUCCAACUAUCGAGGGCAGUCUAUACUUAAGGCUGCCUGAGCCUCUGAGUAUGGAAACCUCACCAGCGGCCAAUCUCACUGUAUUUAAUUCAUGCAGGACUAAUGCUGUUAAAAUAGGUACUUCUUCAAUGUAUGACAAUCCCAGUAAAACUGUGAGAUGGGUAUAUCUGUAUUCUUUUGCUGCUGCAAUCGGUGCUGUUGAAUUUCUCUUCAUAUUAUCAGGUUGGUGGUUACUUUUCAGAAGAUCACAAGGUAUGUCAGCUCCCUUGGUAGAUAAAUAUCGUUUGAUUUCAAGUAACUUUAGAAUGUAUCUCUAUGCUGAGCUGAAGAAAGCAACUAGAAAUUUCAAGGAAGAACUGGGAAGAGGGGGUUCUGGGACUGUAUAUAAGGGUGUUUUGGCCGAUGAAAGAGUGGUAGCUGUCAAGGCAUUGGCAGAUAUUUAUCAAGCGGAAGAAGUAUUUUGGGCAGAAGUCAGCACAAUUGAAAAAAUCAAUCACAUGAACCUAGUGAGAACAUGGGGAUUCUGUUCUGAAGGUAAACACAGACUUCUAAUCUCUGAAUAUGUUGAAAAUGGAUCCUUGGAUAAGCACUUGUUUCCCCCAAAUUUUCUUGGAUGGAAAGAGAGGUUCAAAGUUGCAAUAGGGAUAGCUAAAGGUUUAGCUUAUCUUCACCAUGAGUGUCUAGAAUGGGUUAUCCAUUGUGAUGUGAAGCCUGAAAAUAUACUCCUAGACAGUAAUUUUGAACCAAAGAUUGCAGAUUUCGGGCUGGCAAAGUUAUUCCAGAGAGGCGGCCUCAAUGCAGUGUCCUCUCACAUUCGAGGAACAAAAGGGUAUAUGGCCCCGGAGUGGGCUCUGAACCUUUCAAUCACUGCAAAAGUGGAUGUUUACAGUUAUGGUGUAGUGCUUCUAGAGAUAGUGAAGGGCAUUCGACUUUCAAAUCGGGUGGUGGAUACUGCUGAGGAGGAAGAAGCAGAGAUGAAGAGGUUUGUCAGGAUAGCCAGAAGGAAAAUUCAAUGUGGGGAAGAUGAAUGGAUAGAGGAUAUGUUGGAUCCAAGAUUGGAAGGGCAGUUCGGCAGGAACCAAGCAGCAAAGAUGGUUGAGGUUGGUAUUUCCUGUGUAGAGGAAGAUAGGAACAAAAGACCAACAAUGGAUUCAGUAGUGCAAAUGUUGCUAGAAUGUGAAGAGGAAUCCAACAUUCAGUAGUAAUUGGAUUUAAGCUGUAUGCUGUAAAUAGUGUUUCUUUUUGAAUUACAAAUGUUUACUUGAACUAUAUUGUGUAUUCGUCUGCAAAUGAGUGAUAAAAUAUAGAUUAUGAUGAACCCUAUUGCAAGUCUGUAUUCAGUUUAAGCUUGUUUCUAGAAGAUGGAUAUGAUUUGCUUUCAAGUCAAUUCAGAAUGUAUCUCUAUGCUGAGCUCGAGAAGGCAACCAAAAACUUUAAAGAAGAGCUGGGAAAAGGGGCUUCCGGGGUUGUAUAUAAGGGUGUUCUGGCAGAUGAAAGAGUGGUAGCUGUCAAGGCAUUGGCAGAUAUUUAUCAAGCGGAAGAAGUAUUUUGGGCAGAAGUAAGCACAAUUGUGAAAGUCAAUCACAUGAACCUGGUGAGAACAUGGGGAUUCUGUUCUGAAGAUAAACACAGAGUUCUCUUCUCUUGAGUAUGCUGAAAGCAAACCAUUAGACAAGCAUUUGUUCCCCCCAAAUUUCCUUGGAUGGAAAGAGAGGUUUAAAAUUGCACUAAGGAUUGCUAAAGGUUUAUCCUAUCUUCACCAUGAGUGUCUAGAAUAGGUUAUUCAUUGUGAUGUGAAGCCUGAAAAGAAAAAUUCAAAGUGGGGAAGAUGAAUGGAUAGAGGAUAUGUUGGAUCCAAGAUUGGAAGGGGUGUUCAGCAGGAACCAAGCAGCAAAGAUGGUUGAGAUUUGUAUGUCCUGUGUGGAGGAAGAUAGGAACAUAAGACCAAGGGAUUCAGUAGUGCAAAUGUUGUUAGAAUAUGAAGAGGAACCCAAUAUUCAGAUGUAAUUGCAUCUAAGCUGCUGAUGUUCAUUCUUUGUUUGGUUUUAGCUAUUAAACUUGCUAUUGCCUUUUUAAAAGUUUACUUGUACUGCAAUUUGAAUUAUUUGCAAUUGAGCCAUGAUUAUACAGA